ACUACGCGGCUGAGGAGCAGGAUGAAGGAGCAAGAGAAAGAGAGGGACGGAGGAGGUGGAAAAGCUGGGAGUAAGAAAGAGAAGGAUCAGAGCUGGAUUCCCAAGAUCAUCAAGAAACGAGUCUGCACCACUUUUGUUGAAGACUCUUUCAGUAAUGGAGCAUUGUGUCAGUGUGGUGGUGUGCGGCACGUGCAUGACUCUGUGGCAACAGCGGACUUCUUUGGAGCUGCCAUUGUCACUCAGUGGGACAGCAGGCAGCACUCUUCAGAGUCGCCCACUGAUGCCUUUGGAGAGCUGGAGUUUGCUGGUGCUGGACGCAGACACAGUCAUUUUCUGCGCCUGUCAUGUGACACAUCGCCUCAGAUCGUCUACACCCUGAUGACAGCUCACUGGGGCCUGCCUUCACCCAACUUAGUGGUCUCGGUGGUGGGGGGUGAAGGCCAUGAGAAGAUCAAAACAUGGGUGAGGGAUGUCCUGAGAAACGGUCUGGUUAAAGCCGCACAGAGCACAGGGGCCUGGAUCUUGACCGGGGGUCUGAGGGAAGGCGUGGCCCGCUGUGUGGGCGAGGCGGUGAGGGACCAUGGGGCUGUAGCUCCUGCUGACUCCCAGAAGAAAGUGAUUGCUGUGGGGCUGGCACCUUGGGGCCUGGUGCACAACAGGCAGCAGCUUGUCAAUGCCCAGGGGAGUUUUCCUGCUCGUUAUUAUGUCCAGAACACAUCACGUGACUCCAGCUGCCUGGACAACAACUGCCAGGCUUUCCUCCUGGUGGAUGAUGGGAGUGUUGGCCGCUGUGGGGGAGAGACAACCUUUCGUGCUAGUCUGGAGGACUACAUUUCCCAUCAGCGCACUGGCAUUUGGGGUAGCGGCAGUAUUGAAAUCCCAGUGCUGUGCAUGCUUAUCUCAGGAGAUGCCAGUAUGUUGGAGAGAUUAGAUGCCUCUCUGAAGAAAUCUACACCCUGGUUGGUUCUUGCUGGUUCGGGUCCAGCUGCAGACCUUGUCAGUGAACUGCUUGGUAAUCUCUCCCCUGUUUGCCUCGGUCCCACUUCUUGUCCAGCAGAGGGGGAGGCUACUGAGGGUCACAACGCAGAGCUCCGUGACAAGGUCCGUGACAAAGUUCGGAGACACUUCCCAGUUGAAGCUGAACUGGAAAAACUGGUGGAUAGUGCUCUGAAUAUUUAUCAGAACAGAGAGCUCAUCACUGUUUUCCAUGGGGAACAGGAGGGUUCUGAGGAUUUUGAUACAGUUCUCCUCAAAGCCCUUGUUAGAGCUAGUAAACGUGUGUCCAGUGAUGCCAGUGAGUACAUAGAGGAGUUGAAACUAGCUGUGGCCUGGAACCGAGUGGACAUCGCCAAAACUGAGCUCUUCAACGGAGACAUCCAGUGGAAGUAUGAAGACCUUGAAGACUCCAUGACAGAUGCGCUGGUCAACAACAAGCCCCAGUUUGUGCGUCUCUUCUGCGAGAAUGGCCUGAAUAUCCUGGACUACCUGACAUACGGCCGCUUGGAAACCUUGUACUGCUCGCUGUCAGACAGCUCACUGGCAUACAUUCUGCUCCAGAGGCGUCUGAGUGAGAGGCAGGACCUGGCUGGAUCCCCGUCCAUCCUGGAUGGGGCUGUGACAACACCUCUGAAGAGUCCUCAGAGUGCACUAAGUGGAUCGGCUUCAGCAAUGGAGCUCAAUCUCUAUGAGGUAUCCCGCCUGCUGUGGGACCUGUUGGGUGAUGUCUGUCAGCCUUUCUACUAUGGACCACUGGGCCUGGACCACAGCACCAGCACCAGGAAGGCUCUCAGGCAAGUCAAUAAAAUGCUGCUGGGGGAGUGUUUGUACCGGGACCAGCGCUGUCUCUCACCCUGGGCAGCCCUUUUCAUCUGGGCUGUCCUGCAGAACCGCAGUGAGAUGGCUGUGUACUUCUGGGAGAUGGCAGGGGAGUCAGUGCUGAGUGCUCUAGGAGGCUGUAAGAUGCUGAGGGAGCUUUCUAAGCUUGAGAGUGAGACUGAGAGCAAGCUUGCCAUGAAAGAAUUGGCACAGAAGUUUGAAAACCUUGCACACGAUGUAUUUGGUGAGUGUUACCAGAACAGCGAGAGUCGCUCCUUCACUCUCCUUAUAAGGAAGUCUCCAGUGUGGGGUGGAGCUACGUGCCUGCAGAUGGCCACUGCAGCUGAUGCCCGCCUGUUCUUCAGCCACGAUGGUGUUCAGUCUCUGCUGUCUCAGAUCUGGUGGGGUGACAUGGAGAGAAGUACUGAGGUUUGGAAACUGGUUCUUACCUUCUUCCUGCCCCCACUCCUCUUCACAGAGCUUAUCAGCUUCAGAGAACAAGAGGAUGAGUCUGUGGAGGUCCAUUUUUACAGAGACACUGAAAGUCUGGAUGGGAAUGAUGCCACCGUCUUCUCCCUUGCUGACAUUAUACCUAAUGAAGAAGAAGAAGCUGAAGAGCUCAGUGCUCUAAAAGAAAACCUGAAAGACCCUUUGCCAUCCAACUCCAAGAGACCGUUCAUUGUAUCACGGUGGAGACAGUUCUGGUUUGCCCCUGUCACCUCAUUCCUCGGCAAUGUGCUGAUGUACUUCCUGUUCCUCUGCCUGUUUGCCUAUGUCCUGUUGGUGGACUUCAAGCCCCCACCCCCUGACGGCCCUUCCACACUGGAAUUUGUGCUUUACUUUUGGGUUUUCACCUUAGUAUGUGAAGAGAUCCGGCAGACCUUCUUCGUGGGCAGCACCUUUGUCCUCCAGAGGAUGAAGAAUUACAUCCAGGAUGUGUGGAACAAGUGUGACCUCACAGCCAUCUCUCUCUUCAUUGUGGCUCUAUGCUGCAGAAUGGGUCCCUGGUCAUAUAAGUUUGGCCGAGCUGUGAUGGCUAUAGACUUCAUGGUCUUCACACUACGUCUGAUCCAUAUCUUUGCCAUCCACAAACACCUUGGGCCCAAAAUCAUCAUUGUUGGCAAAAUGAUGAAGGAUGUUUUCUUCUUCCUUUUUUUCCUGGCUGUGUGGCUCAUGGCUUACGGAGUGACCAAUCAAGCACUCCUCUACUCAUAUGAUCCCCGCCCUGAUUGGAUAUUCCGCAGAGUAUUCUACAGACCAUACCUGCACAUUUUUGGCCAAAUACCCAUAAAUGAAAUGGAUGCUGAUAAAUUGGACGAAGUGAACUGUACGAACAAUGCCACACUAAUUGAAGCUGGGGAGGAGCCCUGUCUGAGCACCUAUGCCAACUGGCUGGUUGUCAUCCUUCUUGUCAUCUACUUGCUGUUUACCAACAUAGUACUGGUCAAUCUACUCAUUGCUAUGUUCAGCUACACCUUCUCCAAAGUACAGGAGAACAGUGACACCUACUGGAAGUUUCAGCGUUACAACCUGAUUGUGGAGUACCACUCAAGGCCCUGCCUGGCACCACCCUUCAUCAUCAUCUCACACAUCCACCUUUUCAUCAAGAGACACAUCCGCCAUAUUCCUUCAGUCAAAAGCAAACACUUUGCUCUUGAUCUCCGGGGCAGAAAUGCCAGCCGCCUCAACACAUGGGAGGCAAUCCACAAAGAAAACUUCCUCACAGCUCAGAAUAAGCGGCAGAGAUGUACAGACACAGCACAACUUAAAUCUACAUCUGUCAAGGUGGACAGUGUGCUGAAGCAGAUGGCAGAGAUCCGUGACCACGACCGAAGGUUGAGGUUGCUGGAGACAGAGCUGGAGUACUGCUGCAGUGCCCUCUCCUGGAUGACGGAUGCUCUGUCUCAGAGUGAUCUGAUAAAAGCUGGCCACCCCCCUCCUGUCCUCAGAGAUUUGACUCCACUGUCUCCAAGGUGACUCCCUGCACUCCAGGGUCAUAUGGAGCUACAGCAGUGACACAAAGUUUUGGCUAUGACAAUAAAUUCUGGCAAUACAGAAGGACACAUUGGCAUUGAAAACAAUUCCACUGGAAAAAUAAAACAGACUAUAAUUAUUUAUUUUUGCAUACUGAUGUGUUCUGAUGAAAUUUCCUCAAAUUUGGCACUCAUGUUUACUUCUACUCAAUGAUAAACGGGUUAGGUUUUGGUUGUCAAAGGUCAAGGUCACUGUGACCUUGUGUUUGUUUUAUUCUCGUGAACGCAGUAUCUCAAGAACACCUUGAGGGAAUAAAUUUGGCACAAACGUCUACACUCAACCAUAUACUGCUUAAAAUUUGGUGGUGAAAGGUCAAGAUCAUAAUGAGCUCACAAAACAGUUUUUGGCCUUAAGUCAAGAAUUCAUACACUAUUUAUGGCAACAUUGCACACAAAUGUCUAACAGGAUAAAAUGAUGAAGUAACAACAUUUUAUAGCCAAAAGGUCAAAGGUCAACUUAGCUGUGACAUAAUGUUUUCAACGUCAUAUCUCAGAGACAGAAGGGGAGACAUCUGGGCAGAUACUUAAUAGAUGACACUUAUCUUGGGUGUCCACCUUAAAACUGUGCUGAACAUAUAGAUCUUCUGUGCUGCUAAGGGGAAGAUGUGAGGCAUCCAUGUUUUAGAAUAUGUAGCUUCUUGGCAGCAACCUUUAGAUUUGAAGCAUUGUCUACUGUCAUGGCUACAAAUGACUCUAUACAGACAUGGAUGUAAACUGUAACUGCAACUUGACUGGUUUGCGGAGGCAUACAGCUUCCAGGCGGUAAUUCUAGUUUUAUGCUGACAGCUUUUUUUUUUCAGUUUUAAACUUCUGUCUGUGGAUGGGAGGAGUUUGAGGGGAGGUGCAAGGACCAUAUAUGGUAAUUCGGUCUUCCAUAAGUUGACCUGGAACUCUCAAACAGCAAGUACAUUAAGUCUGUUUCACUGGUUUUUAAUAUGUAAAAUGUGUGGUUAUGGUUUUUAAUAUAUAAACUGGCUGGUUAAAGUUAACUUUUAACUGACGUUAUGCUGGUCUGGCAGGGGUUCGCUGGAACAAGAGCUCUCAUCAGCUACUGUCAGAUAAUGUCAGCUAUCAUAGCUAACAUCAGGCCCUAUUUAAAAAACACCAGCAGAGAGAAACAGACUUGCUGUGUGGGAGUUCCAGGUAAACGCAUGAAAGCCACUGCUGUAGAUGCACGUUAAAGCCAGAGGCUUACUGGGGUCAAAGAGCUUACUCAUUGUGUUCAAAGUUUGAAUGAAUAUCUGAUUGAUAAUAUUUUUAAUCACUAACAACAUUAAAAUUUCACAUUGUGUGGACAUUAACAUUAUGAUGUUUUGCAAACGUUGGGUUUUGAUCUUCAUACCCUAUGACUAAAUGUCGGAAUUCUACGUCAAGAUGAUACUCAAAAAGUGAGUGGCAUGAAGUAAGUAUUAGAAGACAGUCACUGAAAUCACAUUGGAAUGCAAAACAUAUAAAGAUAAAUUAAUUGUUUGUGCCCGUGUUUUAAUUUUCAGUGGAAUUUUUUUCUUUGCCAGUAUUUCCUUUCAUAAUGCCAAAUUUUAUUUUUAUUUUUUGAUGCCACACAUACACACAAACACACAUACACAGUUGACUCAAGGUCAUUGUUUUAAAGAGUGUCGUGUUUGCUCUUUUAUCAUUUGUUUUACUUUUUUUUUUUAAAUUUCAGAUGUAUAUUGUUUGAGGCACAUUUAAUUGGGACAAAUAAUAUGCUAAGUGAUAAGUUUUUUAACUGUUGUGCCAGUAUGCAUUGCUUUCUGCUCUUGUAUGUUUGUAUCAUCCUACCACCUGAAGUUGCCAAAGUCUGAAAUUUUCAGAUCUUACACACAGGAGCUUUAGAGGUCUGAGCCCUGAUGUGACCACAGAGUGCCUUGUUAAUAUGUAUGCAAAGUGGAUUUAGUGAGAUGAUUAUCAGUAUUUAUGAGAUAAAAUAUGUUGCAUGGUCACAGACUUUUAAAAGCUGCAAAAAUUACUAUUUUAUAUUAAGAAUGGGUCCAAUGACUAUAAUGUGGGAGGAGUGACAAAGAAGGAAAUAUAGCUGCAAGCGGCAAUUCUGGGGUUCAAGCCAGCAUGGACAUUUAAAACUUGAAAGCUGGGUAGAAUAACAGUUCAGGACAGUUCAGGACACCUGCAUUAAAGAUUACCAACAGGUUUUAUGACAAUCAGACAGAUACUCAUUCAUUUAUGUCCAAAUCUUUAUUGGGCCACGUCUUUGGAAGCACUGUGGUUUCUUAUUGGACAACUGCAGGAACAUUCUGGGGACAUGCUUUAAUGGCUUGAUUUAAAAAAAGUCCACAGAGUUUGGUGAUGUUUGGAAAAAACCCUCAUUGAUUUAUGGCUGAAUUUUGUCAAAGGCCAUUGCAUUUUUUGGAACUUGUGGCACCCCCUAUUGACCAAUUUUAAUUUCAAUUUUAUUUAUUUCUCAAGGGGGACAGUGUACAUUAAUGAACAUUUUCAUAGAAAUAAAAACAUAAAUGUGUCCAGUUGCAGCCAAGCGCUGAUUUACAUUGCUAGUCCCCCCCACCAGAUGGUGCAGGCAGAAGUUCCUAAAAAGUAAAUGCAUUAACCAUACUAUAGAUGAAGCAAUUACAAUAAAUAAAAACACAAUUAACAGUAUAAAUCGCGCAAUGAGGCAUAAAAGUCAUAUUGCAUAUUAUGCAUGUGUACGCUUAUGUCCUGUUUUUAAGUGCAACCAAUUAAUAGUCAGAUGGAGGAGAAGGGACUGUUUGGGGUGUAAAGAUGGAGUGUGAGACUGCAGCAAUGCAAAGUCCAGUACAUUGUUCUUGUUGUGAUUAUGAUGGAUGGUAGUGGAGGAUAUUUGGACAAUAAGGGUUAAAGUGCUGUAGUGCUUAUAUCCAAGUUCUGUCAAUUGCAUAAUAAAGUAUAUAUUAAAUAGGCACAGGAAAAAAGAUCGGUACUUUGCAUGCUCAUACGUAUAUGUCCAAACAUGCACUGCACCUUAACAGUGAUUACAGGUUUGGUAUAAGCCACCUCUUUAGAUGUGUUUUGAAUAUGGCAUAUGUGUUACAGUCCAGUAUCAUUAAUGGUAUACUGUUCCAGAUGUGGCUGCCUUUAACUGAGAGUACUGACUGACCACAAGUAAAGUAAAAUAAUACAUGUGGUUCAUUAUUAUUCAACAUACCCUGCAAGUUUUGUAGUGAUUGGACAAUCAAUUACUGAUUUCUAGUCUGAUUUGUGUUACUGCAUGCCCACUUUUUGUAUUUGUGGUGCCCCCUAGUGGUCAAUUUGAAUGAAACUCUCAGGAUAUGUUCCUGGUACCUCUUAAGACAUUGCUUGCAAGGUUUGUGAUGAUUGGCCUUAACGUUGUGGAGUCAUUUGCUGAGCCAUGCCCCCUUAAAAGUUCAUUAGUCGAUCUGUAAAACACAGUGAGAUAUCAAAAACAGUUAAAGCAUUGGUGAUAAAAUUGUGAAAAAAAUCACACAUCAUUUUGCUGAUUUCAGGUAUAUUGUCAAAUAUUUUGGUGACAUUUGGUUGAAAAUUAUAUGAAAAAGAAAAUGUUGUGCAUACAGUACAAAUUACAACAAGACAAUGAAUAUCACUGUGAGCUAACUGUUGAACAGAUCUCAACACCAUUUGAAACACGUGACAUCUAGUAUCCAAAGAAUUUUUGUGGCAGUGGUGGUUGCAUUUAGAUGAAGACUUUUGGAUAUGUAGAUGUUAAUUACUUUUACAUAUUCUUAAAAAUAUAGAAUGACGGACUUCUGAAUCGACUAUAGGUUGCAGCACAGCAAAGUCUGUCACAAUUCAGUGGAUGUGUUAAAAAAGAAUUCAGCUCUGCAGGGCCCACUGGUGAUUUAUUAUGAUUUUUUUAAGUAUGGAAUGUGAAAUGUCUUGAAAUUUAGAUUUAUUGUAAUAAGCCAUGCCCCCUUCAAGCAAUCAUUUUCAAAUUUUGUACAAUGACUGAGAUAUGACCCAAGAUGAUGCAAACCAAGUUUCGUACAAAUAUCGCUGGCUGAUUGUGAGAUAUCAACUUUUUGCAUGUGUAGCACCCCCUAUCGGUUGAUUUGAAUCAAACUAUGAUAUAGUUUAUAGGCUCAAUGGUUAAGGAGUAAAUUCCAUUUAUGUGCUGAGCCAUGCCCCCCUAAAGUUCAUUGGUCAAUAUCAUCACAACGCCAUGGCAUAUCAAAAAGUCUUUGAUAACUUUGAAAAAGCUUCAUCCCUUGAUGAAGCACAGAAAGUCUGGUGCAAAUCGGACUUAGACCUUAGGAGGAGAUGUCAAAAAGGUAUUUUUCAAAGAAUUUUAUAUGGCAGACAAUGUUGUGGCCGGACCUUGAGGGUUUUCAGGCUUUCAUAGAACCCCUUCACCUGACCAUGUGUGUCGAGUUGUCAAUCUGACAUAAGGUGCAAGGGUGGUGGCCUUUCAAAACUAAAUUUUCCUUGACCUAAAUUAUAGCGCCACCAUCUGGCCUAUUGGUUUAGUUUAGUUUAGUUUAGUUUAUUAAGAUCCCCAUUAGCUUUUGCAAAGCAGCCGCUAUUCUUCCUGGGGUCUUUUCAUCUUCAUGAGUGACAAUACAUAUACAAGACAUACUUAAUACAUACCAAUACACAAAUACACAUACACAGAACACACGCGACACAAGAUGAACACUGAACAUCCGAAUUACAAGCUCCCACAUUGAAUCAUCACAAAACAUUUACUGUAUAUCCUGUCACACAAUAUGCCAUGACCCAAACACGGAGAACAGGUAUAAAUGACCUGUGGUGAAUAAUGAGGCAUUGGACCAAACAACUGUACAAUAAUCCAUGUGUGACAAAACCAAAGCUUGGAUUACCAGUUUAGUGGUUUGUGUUGUUAAAUUUUUAGAGCAUCUGCUAGUCAUAGAAAGAAUAUUUCCAAUUUUAGUUAUUAUUCUCUUAAUAUGUAUAUCCCAUGAUAAUGUGUUAUCUAUGGUAAUCCCUAGUAAUUUAACUUCAUUCACUUGUUUGAUGGAUUGAUUAUUAAUUGUAACAUCAAGCUUUGGAUUUGAACGCAAUGAAUAUUUUGAUCCAAUAACCAUACUGGUUGUUUUUUGUACAUUCAAAAUAAGUUUAUUACAGCUAACCCACUCUGAAACCAACUUCAUUUCUUCACUUAAAUUUUCAUUUAAUUCAUCAAUAGUUCUUCCAGUUAAAUAAAUUGUUGUAUCAUCAGCA